AUGUGCAUCUCAGGUAGCAUUGUAUUGUACAUCUCCAACCAUGGCCCCAGCGGCGGCGCGCACCAUUUCUUGCCACUUCUACGCAUUCAGCACCCACUCGGCGAAGGCAUUGCUGGUGCGACGCCGAACGUGACGAGCCCGCCCGCUGACCAGAACUUCAUGAAGGUGUGGCCAGCAUACGAAGGCAGCGACGAACGUCUCUUCUACGCAGCGCAGGGCGGCAACGACACCGAGCCAGCGGCCCCUCUGUCUUUCAACGCAUAUGACUACCGCCGUGAUAUUGAAGACAUGCCGUCUGCUGACUCGAAUGGUCAGCCGCCGUGGCAGCCGACGUCGGCACGUGUAUUUACUCACGACGGUGCCGAUGGCAAGCAGGACUACGAUCUGCCUGUGAGCGGUUCGAGAACGCGGCGUGCGUCAGGUUCAGUGGCGUUGUCGAGUAUGUUCAAGGCAUGGGUUACCGCUUUGUCGAAUGCUUGGGAGUAUUUGAACAGAGGUUCUAUUCAGUUUGUGUACGUGUCGUUCCUGCAAACGGCAUACGUGUUCCUCACUUGUUGCAUGAUGUGGAAAGGCAAGAAGGCGACUUACGCGACGAAUCGGUUUGCUUAUGCGAUGUUCAUCAUUGGCUUACUACUCGGCGAUGCGGCCGUGAAGAUCUUCAAUGCGAUCGAAGCGGAGCUCACAGGAGACCCCGACGAACAUGGAAUGGUUCAACUGUCAGCUAAAUGGAUUGCAACAGGCGAGUGCCUCGAAGAGACCAACGACUUCCACGAAUAUGUGCAGGCUUUGGCUGGGCACGACAUGUAUCAUGGCACCAGUGUUCAUUUGGCGGCUGCGCUGCAGUCUGACGCGCAGGGCGUCGCAAACCUGCCCCAAUAUCUAUCCGACUUGGCGUCGUUCUUCCGCUGGCAGAUAUCCUCGCCAGGUUGCUUGUUGCAGAUGCCUUUCGCGCGGGGCAGCUUGCUGGGCGCGCCGGGCGGAUGGGUCGACGCCUUCUUCCAGGAUGGG